CUUUGGUCUCCGCCUGCUGAGGAUCCCUGUACAGAAAACGAACGCCCUGGGCACCGCCCUCCACAGAAGCUAGACUUUCUGCUUACGAUAAAACACAGCAGACGGCCAACUGGAUAACCAGCUCUUGUAUGUGAGUGUGCUCUCCAGGCCGAGAUGGCAGCAGGUGGAAACCCAGGACCGAGGGUCACUGACUGUGUGACCAAGGUGGCGCUGAGCAUCUCCUGUGAAAAUCUCCUUGACAUGGACACUUUCUCAAAGUCCGACCCCCUGUGUGUGCUAUUCAUGAACAGCUCUGGGUCCCAGUGGUGUGAGAUUGGCCGGACAGAGAAAAUAAAGAACUGCCUUAAUCCCAGCUUCUCCAAGACUUUUGUCAUCGACUACUACUUUGAGAUGGUGCAGAAGCUGAAGUUCGAAGUGUACGACAUUGACAGUGACAACUACAGUCUGCAAAAUUCUGACUUCCUGGGGGAACUGGAGUGUACCUUGGGACAGAUUGUGUCCUCACAGAAACUAACAAGACCACUUGUCAUGAAGGACAAGAGGCCUGCUGGAAAAGGAACCAUUACCAUAUGUGCUGAAGAAAGAACUGACAACAGAGUGGUGGAAUUAGACGUUGCAGCUAGAAAACUGGAUAAAAAGGAUUUCUUUGGGAAGUCCGACCCUUUCCUGGAAUUCUACAAGCACACAGAAACUGGAUGGCAGCUGGCUCACAGGACAGAGGUGGUGAAAUACAACCUAAACCCAACAUGGAAACGAUUCCGUGUCCCGCUGCAGUCACUCUGUGGAGGUGACGUGGAGAAAUCUAUAAAGGUAGAUUGUUACGACUACAACAGCAACGGCUCUCACAACUUCAUCGGAUCCUUUCAGGCCACGCUCUCCCAAAUACAGCAGGCUUCACAGGCAUAUGGGGCUGAGUUUGAAUGCAUCAAUAGUAAGAAGAAACAGAAGAAGAAAGGAUACAAAAACUCUGGUAUUAUCAUCAUAAAACACUGCAAGAUAGUGAAGGAGUACACGUUUCUGGAUUACAUAAUGGGUGGCUGCCAGUUUAACUUCACUAUUGCUAUUGACUUCACAGGUUCCAAUGGGGACCCCAGGUAUCCUAUGUCCCUUCACUACAUCAAUCCUCAGGGCUAUAAUGAAUACCUGGCAGCUAUCUGGGCAGUGGGUAAUGUCAUCCAGGACUACGACAGUGACAAGAUGUUCCCUGCUUUUGGUUUUGGAGCCCAGAUCCCUCCCACAUGGCAGGUCAGCCACGAGUUUCCGAUCAACUUCAAUGCAUCAGAUCCAUUUUGUGCAGGUAUAGAAGGUGUGGUGAGCGCCUACCAGCAGUGUCUGCCCCAGGUGAAGCUUUAUGGCCCCACAAACUUUUCUCCAAUCAUCAACCAUGUGGCCCACUUUGGCAGGCAGGCCUUGCAGCAGGAAACUGCCUCUCAAUACUUUGUUCUGCUCAUCAUCACUGACGGAGUGAUCACAGACAUGGAUGAGACCCGUCAGGCCAUCGUCAACGCCUCUCGUCUGCCCUUAUCUAUCAUCAUCGUUGGGGUAGGGGGGGCGGACUUCAGUGCCAUGGAGUUUCUGGAUGGAGAUGAUGGAAUUUUACGUUCUGCUACAGGCGAGGCCGCCAUGAGGGACAUCGUGCAGUUUGUGCCAUUCAGGCAGUUCCAAAAUAGUCCUCAAGAAGUGCUUGCUCAGAGUGUCUUGGCAGAAGUUCCAGGUCAGGUGGUAAGCUUCUUCAAUACCAUGAGUUUGAGGCCCACCCACAGCAACACACCUCUCCCCGACCACUCCGCAUCAGCACCCCCCAGUAAUGUAUCCUAAGGAUAUCCUAACACCUUCAAAUGUCCAGUCAUAUAUCAUCCAGAUAAUUCGAGGUGAAUCCACAACUCUGCAAUUGUGUAUUUGGACGUACAUUUCUUUUAAGUGUAUUACUCAUAACCCAAACUCUUCCACGGUCAUACGAGCAUGCGACAUCCAAUCUAGUAGUGAUGUUAUGGUUUGUAAAAGUGAUGAAUCAAUAGUAUAAAUCCAUUGUUAAUACACAGAUGUUAACAUGCAUGUAACAUUUUUAAUGUGACACACAGACUUUAUGUGACUCAAGUGCCAGAAUUGUUAAGAGUUUAUCAUUUCUUAUUUUAUUACUUGGUUUAAGGCAUCAGUUGAAGCAAGUAUGACAUGACUCAAGAUCUUUGGUUUCUGGAAAAAAUCUGAGUCCGUUAACAGCCAUAUGAUUAGUUUGUCAGAAACUCUACAUGAAAGGGCUGGAGUACUUCUGUGUUAAUAUUUCCUCCACUAUCUCCGUGUUACAGUUAACACUUGGUGGUGUUCACACUUUAUUGUUUGUGUGGGAAGUGUACCAUCAGUUUCCACUGAAAUCAUAGAUCUUGAUCAGAGUUAUGGAAACACAACAAACACAAUUCAGGUCGACUUCAGUAAUGUUUACAAAUGAGAGGUUUGUUUUAGUCAAUACCUUUUGUAGAUUUUGCACUUCAAAAUGAUUGCAUAGUGUCUUUGCUGCUGUUUUGUACUUCUGUCAGAUUUUUUUGAAAAUUCAAUUCCAUAUUUUGUUUCACAUACUAUUUGGUGCUUCCAUAUGAAUGUUAAACAAGGAGAAUCAGUGGAGAGCUUCAUUUGGUAAAAUUCAUGUUUACACAGAUUAACAUUAGAAGAGGAGGUAGUAAAAUGUCUAACCUAACUGACUGUUAAGAAAAUAACACAGUAAAUUUCAGUAAGUGUAUGUUAAUAAUAAUAAUAAUACAUUUUAUUUAAAGGCGCCUUUCUUGGCACUCAAGGACACCGUACAGAGUUACAAAUAAUACACUUGUGUAAUGUUACGUAUGUGUACCGAUCACUUUGGGUUUGCCUUUUGUAAUAUACUUGUCUUUGUCAUGGACUUUGAUUUGAUCAAUAUUUUAUGUAAAAAAGAUCUAAUUUUAUCUACAUAAUAGCCAUUUUCUACUUUAACAGUUUUUAUUAUAAUUAACAAUUAGACUUCAUAACAACUUUUUUUAUGUUUAUGCAUCCUCCGUAAUGUCACAACAUUAAAGAUUUUCCUAUUUUCACCUCACAGCCAA